AUGUCAUUUGCAUUUAAGUAUUACAGAAAUUCCGAAAUACACUACAGCAGUGACAGCAGUGAAAGCAGAGGCAGCAGUGGGGAGGAUAAUGACUCUCUAGUGUCAUCUCUCGAUCAUGGAGACAGGGAAAUUACUCAGGAAACUGUUCAGGUAUAACCAUCGCAUAUACAUAUGUGGCGGAUUUUGUACUAUUUCUCUUUUCUAUUCUUAUUUACCAAAAACCAAAUUGGAGGGUUAUUAAAAUAAGCAACUUCACUUCAAAUGUUCCUUUCUCACCAUCUCAACUAAAGGCACCCUCCACAGCAGUUACCCUGGAUUUUCAGGAUAUGCCUCCAAGCAGGUAAGGAAAAUGCUUUUGGAAUGCAAUAGUACACAAUUAUUCAUUGUCUUUUUGUUGUUUGAUUGUCAAUUGAAUCUUCAUAUUUAAGCUGAAGAAACUGACCUGUUAAUUAGUAUGAUAAAUUAUUUCAUAACUAACUUUUAAUUUGGUAUCUAUUGUUCAGAAAUGUAUUUCUUAAUGAUAAGAUAUUUAAACAACACAGCCUUCAACCAUUGAUAUUUUCAGAAGUACUCAAGGAGGUUCAAAUGCUAAAGGAAAUGUCAUCCAGCCGGUAG